UAUGCCUGUAAUGUCUGGGUUUCUUUGACAUGGCAGUUUGAAACCCAGGAUCACACAUUUCAGCUAGAGUGGGACCAGCCAAGCUAUUUCAGUGGCUACACAUGUUACACAUCAACUCCAGCAUAUAAAACCAUUCCGUCACUCGCAGCAGCACCACACUGGGUACAACUCUUUCACAAUGCAGAAGGAUCCGAUAAUACUGCUGCUUCUCCUGCUGAUUUGUCAAUCAUGCUGCCAAAGGCAUGGCUCCGAUGGUUCCAGAAUCUGCAGCUUUUCUAAACCUUGUGCUAAUGGGGGCACAUGCACCCCCUUGUCUCAUGGCUCCGUUUGUCAGUGUCAGUUUGGUUUCCGUGGUACCAGGUGUACAGUCUCCCAUGACCAGAACCUAGACAUCCUGUUUGUAGAAGAUGUUUCACGCUCCAUCGGCAAACCCAAAUUUGACGAAAUGAAACGAUUCCAAGAGAGUAUGGUGAACUCUUUCACCAUAGGCCGUGAUGAUGUUAACGUUGCAUUGAUAGCAUUUUCUUCAAACGCGAGAGUGGUAUUCAGAUUCACUGAAUAUAACAACAACAAGUCGGCUGUGCUGGCAGCUCUCCAACAGCAGACAUACGAAGAGGGUCCCUCUACGAACAUUGGCGAUGCCAUCAAGCUGGCAACUAGUACAAUUUUCAACGGCGACCGCAAUGACGCUGACAACAAGGUCAUCAUGUUUACCGAUGGGUACACCACAAGGGAGGACCGGGAGGCCAUUGCUGCCAGUAUUGGUGAUCUGAAAGCCAAAGCUGAGGUAUUUGUUGUUGCUAUCUCCCAAUUAGAUGCCAAUUCCACAAUCCACCUAAUUGCAUCGAGACCUUACAACAUCUUCCCGAUUGGCUCCCCUGAUUCAGUCAGAACUAUCCUACUAAAGAUGAAGCUUGGUCUGAUUGGAUGAAAUAGCUGCACUAAAUGUUACUUCGUAACCAAUAAAUGGUCAACAUAU